AUGAUGGAUGCCUCUGCACAACCACCGGUCAAACGCAAGCCCGGCAGGCCACGCAAGGUUCAGCCUCAGAUCGACUUUAGUCUUCCGCUUCAUCCUUGGGCGACUGCACAUACGCAACAGCAGCAGCAGCAGCAACAACAACAACAACAUACUUAUCCACAUCAAUCUGCAUCCACUCCAGCCUCCACGUCGUACCAUUCAGCCCAGAGGCUGCCAUCACAACCGCAACCAAAACAUCGAUCGGCGGCUCACCAGCAGCAGCCCCAUCACCAUGCCACGUCAUCGGGUAUGCCGCCACCUCAAGGGGUUCCGAUGACCGCGACUGUGGCUGCUGUUCCGGUUCCAGCAGCAACCUUCUAUGCGCAGCAACAGCAGCCCGUCUACGGCACGCCUACGCACGCAAGAGCCAAGCCGGGGCCCAAACCCAAAUUGCACGCGCAAUCGGUACCACCGAAGCCAGAAUCAGAGCUAGAGGGACCUCGGCCAACUCUGCUUAGGAAGAAUCUCCCGACGCCGGCUGAUCUCGACUUUCUCCUCGGCGGAUCGUCAAAAGCUAGAGCAAGGUCGAUUGCACCCAGUAGCUCGAUCGACCAAUCUCGAAAGCAUACCCUAGCCUCGAAAGCAUCCUCGGAAAUGGUGAAUGCAGAGGCCACACGAGAUCCAACAUCCGCCAUUGAAAACCGCCGUUUUCAAUUAUCGGCGUCAACGCGAACGCCCCUGCACGCUAAUGUGUCCGCUACGGCGAGCGACGACAAACAUAGCCAAGCAGCUGUCAGGUAUAUGGACGACGAUCUCCCCUUGGGCGCGGAAGCUGUCAUGGAGCCGGAACACGACGCAGGUUCGUCUUUCGAAGCCGACGUUGAGGAUGCAAGAGAGAAAGAUGACCCUAAUGACCGCGAUUUUCGUCCCUAUGGUCGUCCAACAGCCGCCAAAAGGUCAGUCCGCAAAUCACAAGUCCCCGAAAAGACGGCUGCAAUUUUGGGCGGCACAGACAACCUGGUGCCCAAAAGGAAGCGUGGGCGCCCAAGCUUGGCUAGCACAACAGGCAAGGUUCCCGGCAGCGACAUCCUUCCAACACUCCAUGCUCGAACCGAAGCUCGAGCUCAUAAUCCUGACGACACGCCGGACCAGCCCAAACGUAGAGGGCGGCCGCCCAAAUACGGGUCCGAUCCCGAACUGCUGCAUUACAUUGAAGAGGCCAACAGAAUUAUCGCCAUUGCUCGCAACGAGCCCGAGCGUUUGACCAAGAAGCCCAAGCUCGAUGAUGUAGUUGAUGUCAAGCUCCGGAAGGUCUUGCCAGAUCAUCUGCGUACCAUUCUUCUGCGAGCCAAAGAUACGAUGAAUCAGCGCGAAAGGAGACACCGGCGAGCUCUAGCCGAAGCCGAAGCCCAGGGCAUUGCCGCCAACAACAGCCCUCAGGACGCGUCAAGGCAGCAGGGCAACGAUCCCAUCCACACCGUAGUCAAGCUUGAGAAGCGGCAGAAGGAUAAGCGUCGGCUGGCUGCUCUCGACGAUGAGAGGAUGGAGACAGGAAGCGGAUCCAGCUUGAUCGAGCGCGCGAGAGGAAAAGUGUCCGAAUGGAUCAAGUCCAUCAGCAGCGAAGCAGAGCUCAGUGUGGACGCCGACGAACUAUCCGCGAGCGGGGCCAAGUGGUUCGACGAGGAGGACGAUGACGACGACGAAGCGACGUCAAAGCCUACUACGGUGUCACGCCAAGGCCACAGACUGAACAGAGCGCCCUCCAGCGCGAGCAGCAGCAAGCAACAUUUCCGUGCAUUGCAACCCUCACGCCCUGACGCAGCGUCACCGCAACCAGCAGCGGAGGGUGAUGACCACGCUCAAGCUUCCACCAACACAGAAGUCGAUCCUCGUCUCCAUCAGUCCAACAACCAAGUCGUUGCCGCCGAUGACGAAGAGGACACGUUGGUCCAAGGGUACUUUUCCCGCUUCGGUACCGUCACUGGAGCUGACAAGAGUGCAUCUGCACCCAAGACCAGCCCUGAGGCCGUAGGAACGCAGUCCAAGCAGGGCGGUGCUGCGGAAGCUCCAACCUUCGAAGCAGGCGUGGUGGGCGACGAGUAUUACUUCUCCAACUGA